UUUACAUUAACAUUAAAUUAAACGUAGAGGAUAAAAUACAUGUAACGUAAAUGAAAUCUACAUAAAAUAUAAGACAUAAUUAAUUAAAGGUUGAGUGUUGAAAGAUGGCAGUGCAAGUACAAGUACAAGCACGGUUUGGGGUAUUGAAACGAAAUGGCAUAGGCACAGCAAGGUGUUCGAUCGACAAAGAAGAAAAUUUAAAAUUGAAAGAGGCAGUGUGGUCUCCUGCGGAGGAAUUGGCUACGAAGUUUCAGCGGCGGCUUCUUGUGGGUAUAGGCUCAGCUUCACUUGUAGCUUUGGGAGCAAAUUUUGGUGGCAUCACAAGCUUUUUUCUCGGUUUGUCACCACAUAACAGCCGUAAGCUGAAGCUAGACGUGCUUUAUCCCAUCGCCGGCUUCACCCGUUACAUUGACACAAGGGAGGGAUUCGAAUUGAUAUACCCGGAGAAUUGGGUUGGAGAUCAGACACUGCUGUAUCGAGCUACUAAGAAAAGAGAAAUGGAACUAUCAUUGGAUCCUCCUCCGCUGAAUUUACGGCCCCGUUCUAAUGUCACCGAACCUAUUGUCGCAUUUGGUCCCCCGGGUUCCACUGGGGAACUCAAUCUUAGUGUUAUUGUUUCACCCGUUGCUCAACAUUUCUCGAUUGAAGCAUUUGGAGGCCCGGAGGAGGUAGGGGAAGCUGUACUUCGGACUAUAACAGGAUCGCGGCAGCGCCCGGACGUGAAGGGAACAUUGAUAAGGUCAAGCUUGAGAGAGGAUUCCGUUAACAACGCUAAAUACUAUGAACUAGAAUUCAGAGUUGAGAGUCCCUCAUUUCAACGACACAACGUUUCUGUCUGCUGUGCUCGUGGUGGUAGGCUCUUUACAUUAAAUGCUCAGGCACCUGAAUCAGCCUGGCAAGAAUUGAAAACAGAUUUCUACACUAUUGCUGAUUCGUUCAAUCUCACAACUUAGUGAUUCAAUUUAAGCUUUUGAACCAAAUACUUAUAUGAUUUUCCUUAUAUUUUGUUACAGCGUAUAAUCCGAUAGGUCUUGUUCGUAACUCUUUUAUUAUGUUUCAAAAGCAAAGGUUGUAAUGCAGGUUCAAUUGUGUGUGUAAUCAAAGAGGGGUUGCCAGGCUGUUGCCAAUUUUGACCUCCAAACAUUUCUGAAUUCAAUUAUGAAGUCAGCAUGGGCAAAUAGAAACAAAUUUGUGACUUUGUUUA